UGCCUGGUGCCAGCCGGCACUGAGUACAGAGUACUGACUGGUCAACUGAGGAGAAGCACAUUAAACCAAUAUAAACCUGAGUUUAUCGCAAUCUUUGUUACGAUUGACAUCACUAAAGUACUGCUUCUUCCCAUUGCAUUGUCAAGUAUUGUGUAAAUUUCAUUCUUAAGCAUUGUAAAUCACAUUUAACAAUAAGAAUGUUCUUGGAAGUAUCGUUGGCGUUGGCUGUGUUUUACGUCAUCGCUUUCAUCACAAAAACAUGGCUCGAAACCAGAAAAUUGCCACCAGGUCCAUUUCCGUUGCCACUCAUUGGAAACCUGCAUCAGCUGGGCAAUAAUCCUCCAUAUACCAUGUUGGAGAUGUGUCUGAAGUAUCGGGACGUCAUGACGGUAAAAUUUCCCUUCGGUUAUUGUCUUUUUCUAAACAGCGCUGAAGCCGCUCGGGAAGCCUUGGUAACAAGAAAAACCGACUUCGCUGGUCGACCAGUAAAGGAAUUUUACCCUAUGAAUAUCUUGUUUGAAGAAAAAGAUAUUGUCACGGCGGAUUACGGGCAACUUUUCGUUUUUCGCUCGAAAGUUUUCAAAUCGGCGCUCCAUCUGUUCGGCGAAGAAACGGAAAAACUCGAGAAGCGUUUAAACGAGACGGUUUCGUUGCUUUGCUCCAGAUUGGAUAAAUGUGUGGGGCAGAAGCUUAACAUCAUGACCAUCAUUCGAUCUGAAAUCAUAAAGCACAUGUGGGAGUGGAUUUCUUCUGAACGGUUGGCGUAUGACGAUCCUAAAGUGCAAACAAUAAUUAACUUUAUUAACAGCAUUAGUUUUUUGGGACGUCAAGGAAGCAUUUUUCAGCUUAUCCCGUUGCUUCGCUUCCUGCCAAGUCAAUUCAAAAGAAAUCUCGAUAAUGUGCUUAAAACUCGCGAAGAACUGUUUGUGGGAUUAUUGGAACAUCACAAAAAAACGUUCAAAAGCGACAACCUCCGAGACAUCACCGAUGGCAUGCUGGCGGCUUACUUCAAAGAGGAGAAAGAAGGUAAGAAACAAGUUGGCACAAGCGACGACAUCGUGUUCUUAAUGAUGGACGUGAUUGUCGGAGGAGUGGAUACUAGUGUUUCCGCUUUGAAUUGGUGUUUGCUUCAUUUGAUUCUUAUGGAAGACAUACAAACAAAGAUUCAAGAAGAAUUGGACACAAGCUACGAGAAGGGGAAGGUGUUAACGUUUGAGGAAGUUAAAAAGUUCGAUUACCUACACGCUUUCGUUUGCGAGGUGAUGCGAUCAACACCACUGAGCCCACUUAUUGGCUUGCAUCGUACAAUGCGCGAAACAUCCGUAAUGGGGUACAGCAUACCAAAAAAUAUGUUGGUCUUCUUGAACCAGCACAGCGUUAACCACAAUCCAAAUACAUGGAAAAAUCCGAGCGUUUUCAAACCGGGACGUUUUCUGGACGAAAAUGGUAAAUUUGUCGGGUGGUCUGGGAUCCCAUCCUUCAUGCCCUUUGGCCUUGGUCGACGCGCAUGUCCUGGCCGAGAUCUUGGAAAGUUUGAGGUGGUAAUGAUGCUUGCCCAUCUCCUCUCUCGCUAUCGUAUUGAGCUAGCUGAAAAUACGAUAGCACCAAAAUUAGACGACCCAGUCGUACAAAUGACAUCCCGUCCGAAAGAGUACAUGGUCACGAUCUCAACACGGAACUAGAUUUUUGCAUUUAGUACUCGAAUGUAAUGAAACUGCUGUUGUAUCUUUUACACUAUCAAGGAAACCCACGUAAAACGAUUUGCUGUAUGUAAAUGCCAUCAUUUAUGUGUAUUGUCGACUCUAAUUUUAUGCAAA